AUGAAGGUACGUGCCCACGUACUCAGCAAAAUUACCUCCACGUUGGCAAGACACAAUAUCAACGCCUCAGCGCUUAAGGCGUUCGAUGGCUUGGAGCUUGCAGAUUCUGACUACCAAUCGUUGGCGCCAGUAGAUAUUCUCUUGGGCAGCGAUUGUGUUUGGACCGUGUUCACUGGUAAAAAGCUGUUCGACAGCCAGGGGAAGAUCAUCGCCAUUUCGACGAUAUUUGGAUGGGUCAUUACUUCGAUCGUGACUACAGGCUCUUCAUCUACAACAACUAUGAACACGGCUAUUGACAUUGAUGCAUCACUUCGACGCUUUUGGGAGCUGGAGGAUGUCAACCAACAACUUCAUCGCAAACCAGAGAACGAUGAAGUUGAACAGCACUUUUUGAAGACACACACAAGGGACCCCAAGUGGCGUUACAUCGUCGAACUUCCGUUUAAAGACCCCAAUAAGCAGUUUUCGGAUACUCUUCAGGGAGCACUCGCGAGAUUCAAUGAAGUAGAACGUCGUCUAAUGCAAGAUCCCAAUUUGCGCUCACAAUAUCGUCAAAAUGUACAGACAAAUCUUGGUGGCUGCCAAGCAUUGUAG